CAGUUAGUCAUUUCACCUCUUCUUCCCUGUGUUUUAAUUCCCCUUUUCCCCGAGCCAACCCAGCGGUCAAAUUUCAAAGGACGACGGUCGAAAAAAAAAGGAGGGAGACAUGGACGAGGUCGGUGUUGAUGAGGAACUGCUUUUCAAAAUUGCGAGCGAAUGUGCGUCCUAGAAGUGGGAAAUGACAUGGCAAUAAAAUAUAAAACCAUCUCAGGAAGCAUCACUCUCCCUCUCUUUCCUUAAAACUCUUCCUUCUCGUAAGCCUGUCUUAAUGUUUCUCAGAAGAAUCCAUGGCGGACAAGGUGGAAAGAACUCUAUCGGUAAGCUUUGAAUCCCCACCAUUUCCGAGUCUUCCGGUGGGCCUUCAGCUGAGAAGGGUCUUCAACAGGUUCUGUGGUUUCAACUCCAUGGAGAAUGAGAACAGCGUCCCACGUCGACGAAGAAUUCUUCAAGGGGAGGUUGAAGAAGAUGAACUUCGAUAUGCAAACGCCCAUUGCCUGUCAUCCUACUACAGUGUUUUUGUCGUCCGUCUGGCCAUUAUGGUCAUGCUUGCAAUUUUAAUUGGGAUGCUAACCAUACUUACAUGGCAUUUUACAAGGGUCUAUACAACAAAAUCAAUAAACAGCUUAGCAUAUGAUCUACGUUUUGAACUUCUGCAGCGUCCCAUAUUACGGAUGUGGAACAUUUUGAACUCCACUGUGGAAAUAACCAUGGCUCAGGUUAAACUCUCUGAGUAUGUAAUUAGGCAGUAUGGCAACACAACAGCCCAAGAACCAAAAUAUGAGUUGUAUGAAGUGAUGCGAAAUGUAACGUGGGCACUUUUUGCAAGCCGAAAAGCUCUCAAUGCAAUAACUAUAAGUUAUAGAAAUGGCUUUGUCCAGGCUUUUCACAGAGAUGAUCAUAGGAGUAACAACACAUUCUACAUCUAUUCUAACCUUGCAAAUUUUUCAGUUAAUGGGACCCACAAGCUUAAUGCCCUAUCAACAAAUCAUGGCUGGAGUGAUCAAUCCCUAAAUGGCAACAAGUCUGCAAUUUGGUAUCGAGAACCACUCAAUCCAGUUACUGGUGAGAUGACAGGGGAAGCCAGACCAAUCCCACCGGAUGACCUAAUCAAUAUAGCAGGUUUUUCAGAAGUACAAGAUGGAGCAGCUUCAUGGCAUGUCGCAGUGAGCAAAUUUACAGAUUCACCAUUUCUUUCAGCAGCAUUGCCAGUCUGGGGCCCUUCUAAUCAAACUAUAGUGGCGGUUGUGGGUGUUACUACAGCACUUUAUAGUGUAGGUCAGCUGAUGAGAGAACUAAUGGAACUACAUAGUGGUUACAUGUAUUUGACUUCUCAGGAAGGCUAUGUACUUGCUACAUCAACAAAUGCCCCGCUCUUGAGGAAUUCAACAUCUGGACCCAAGCUUAUGAUGGCUGUUGAUUCAGAAGAUCAUGUUAUAAGACUAGGAGCUGAGUGGUUGCAGAGAGUAUAUGGCGAAAAUUUUACCCAAAAUCAUGAGAUUCAUAUUGAAAACGCCAGGCUUGGCCACCAAGAAUAUUACAUUGAUUCCUUCUUCCUAAAGCUAAAACGACUUCCCAUGGUGGGGGUUAUCAUAAUUCCUAGGAGAUAUAUAAUGGGAAAGGUGGAUGAAAGAGCAUUUAAGACAUUGGUUAUAUUGAUAUCUGCUUCUGUCUGUAUUCUACUCAUUGGCUGUCUUUGCAUUUUGAUACUGACAAAUGGAGUAUCAAAGGAAAUGAAACUAAGAGCAGAGCUCAUAAGCCAUCUCGAUGCAAGAAGAAGGGCAGAAGCAUCAAGCAAUUAUAAGAGCCAGUUCUUGGCAAACAUGAGUCAUGAGUUGCGAACACCUAUGGCUGCAGUGAUUGGGUUGCUAGACAUUCUUAUGUGUGAUGAUUGUCUCACAAAUGAGCAAUACGCAACAGUUACCCAGAUCCGUAAAUGCUCAAAUGCUCUACUUCGACUUCUCAAUAACAUUUUAGACCUUAGCAAGGUUGAAUCGGGGAAGCUAGUACUGGAGGAAGCUGAAUUUGACUUGGGGCGAGAACUUGAAGGUCUUGUAGAUAUGUUCUCUGUGCAAUGUAUUAACCAUAAUGUGGAGACUGUUCUAGAUAUCUCUGAUGAUAUGCCAAAAUUUGUCCAAGGAGAUUCCGCUAGAGUCGUUCAAAUAUUUGCAAAUCUCAUUAGUAAUUCUAUCAAGUUUACAUCAUCGGGCCAUAUUAUUCUGCGGGGGUGGUGUGAGAAUUCCAUUUCUUUCAGUAACAUUGCAAGGAUGCCCCUCAAUCAGAAGGAAUCAUGUUUUGCACUCGGAACAAAAUUGAGGCAACAUGGAAGCCAUGCAAAGAGAGGCUUCAAGAAAGAUAACAAAAUAGUUCUCUGGUUUGAAGUCGAUGACACUGGCUGCGGAAUUGAUCCAAGCAAGUGGGAGUCUGUAUUUGAAAGCUUUGAACAAGCUGAUCCCUCGACAACUCGAACGCACGGUGGAACUGGUCUUGGCCUAUGCAUAGUACGCACCCUGGUUAAUAAGAUGGGUGGAGAAAUCAAAGUUGUCAAGAAAGAUGGCGCAGGCACUCUAAUGCAGUUAUAUUUGGUUCUUGGAACACAUGUGGAUAGCAUGGGACAAACUUGUCAAAUAGAUUUUUCAGAACAGAACAUAAUGGUGAGUACCGAGUAG